AUGCCGGCGUCCGAGAGGCGUGAAGGUCUGGCCCUCCAAAGAAGGGCUCGGCUCAUUGUGGGCAUCGAUUAUGGAACAACAUACUCCGGCGUUAGCUUUGCAAUGUCUACGGCCACCGAUUUCAAGGAGAUCAAACCUUGGACAGCUUACCCUGGCGCCUCAUCGCACCGCUCCGAACAUUGCGAGAAGGCGCCUUCGCUGAUCGCAUUUGCCGAUGAGAAUGAAGAAGAGCUCAGCCAGAACUUGUGGGGAUACCAAGUCGAACCGGGCAUGAGAGCAUAUGCUUGGACGAAGCUGUUGCUUGAUAGCUCAGCUAUAGCGUCAGAGUACGAUGAUCCAAGCCUAAAAAAGGCUAUCGGUAGUGGAAUCAUGAAGUUGCCUCGAGGUCGCACAGCAAAGGAGAUCGUCACGGCCUACCUCCGAGGGUUGAACACCAUGUAUCAGGGGGUUGUGACCGAAAAGUUUGGCCAUGGCUACCUCGACAAUCUCCCCGUCGACAUUUGGUUAACUGUGCCUGCAACUUGGUCAGAUGAGGCCAAGCAGCUGACCAUGGAGGCAGCACGGGAUGCGGGCUUUAGUUCUCGACCCUAUGAUCGUGUUCGACUGAUCGCUGAACCAGAGGCAGCAGCUCAUCUCGCCCUAAAGUCGAGCAUCCAUCACGUUCAAGAUCUGAUAGAAGUCGGAGCAAAAGUGAUGGUGUGUGAUCUCGGAGGUGGGACUGUGGACAUUACAAGUUACGAGGUGCAGAAAACUUCACCAGAUCUUAAAUUACGAGAGCUCUGCGUCGGCGGGGGUGGCAAAUGUGGCGGCACGUUCGUGGACCGCAAUUUCCAUGCCCUCAUGGAGAAACGAUUCGGCGAGGCUUUUACAUCUCUUGAUCCUGAGAUGACUGGCCCUGGGAGCCAAUUCAUGGAUCAAUUCGAGAUGGCGAAGCGGGACUUCAGUCUCAAGCUGCCCAAAACUCGGCCACAUCGAUUACAUCUGCUCAUGAGGUCCCUCACGGCGACCCCGGAUUUGAAGAAGCACUACGACGACCGCUUUGGAUAUGUUUUGAUCACGCAACAGGACCUAGAAACUUUGUUCGACCCAGUCUGGGACAAAAUAGUCGGCCUGGUGACCGAUCAGGUCAAUCGAGCGAAAAGGGAGACGAACAGCAGCAUCGACCACCUUGUGCUCGUUGGUGGCUUCGGUUCUUCGCCUUAUAUCAAGGAGAGACUGCAAGACUGGUGUCUUGCCCAGUCCAUCAGACUGACCACACCAUGGAGCGGAGCAUGGUCGGCCGUUGUAUGUGGUGCUGUGCUCCGAGGGAUCGAGGGUGCCAUUACAACCGAAAAGAGAUGCAGAAGGCACUACGGAUACAACUCUUCGUGCGAGUAUGACCCACAGAAGCACGGCAACUACGACAGAAGGAUGAGAAGGGUGUGGAGAGAGCGUAGCACCAAGCGGGACCUGCUGAAUGGUUUCAUAUAUUGGGUUGCUUCCAAGAACAGUGUAAUAGAUUCCGAGUGGAAAUUCUCUGUAGAGUUUCUCAAAGAGGUCACAGCACCUACCCAAGAGGUCGGCGGCUCUAUUUCACUCUACGCCUGUAGCCUUGAUGAUGGUCCGGACACAGUGGAAAGUCCUGAUGUUGAAUACGUCGCUGAAAUGUACUACACGUUUGAAGAUGUGGAUUUUAACACCAUUGAACCGAGCAAGCAGGAGGGUGUGAUGUUAUAUCCACUAAAAUUGACCCUCGAGGUCCGGGCGCUGGGUGAGGAUGGUUUGUUAGACCUCAAGGUCCUGCACAAGGGGAAAGAGUGUGGCCAGGCAAAGCUGGCAUUUUCUUACUCGGUGGAGUAG